CUCCGUUCAAAAUCAACCUCAUCGAACAGCAGGUCUGUGAAGUUACAAUUAAUUGUCCAGAUCGAAGAAGAAGCUUUCAGACGGGCCACUUCUCGACCCAAAACCCCUAUUUAUUUAACUUACAGCAUGACCAAACCAAUACUUUGGAUCUCCCCAGGGGCGUGCUCUCUUGCCCCCCAUAUCCUCAUCCGUGAAGCCGAGAUAGACUUCGAAACAGUCGUCAUCAACGCCAAAGCUGGCUUCCCUCAAGAAUAUCGUCACAUGAAUCCAAAAGCACGGGUUCCCAUCUUUCAACUUGGUGACGAAACCAUAACCGAGGUGCCUGCAAUCAUGACCGCUAUCUCGCAAAUGUCUCCCAACAAGCAUCUCUUGGGAAAGACGAACCUUGAGAUCGUCCGCACUUACGAAUGGUGCAAUUGGCUCUCAGGAACGGUGCACGCACAGGCAUUUGGGGGGGUGAGAAGGUCACACCGAUUCUCAGAUGAUCCGCAGACGUACAACGCAAUUAAAGCAAAGGGAAGGAAGACAAUUGAGGAAAGUUUGGAGUUCAUUGAAGAAAAAUUGAAAGGCAGCCAUGCGGUUGGUGACACUUUCACGGCCGUCGACGCCUUCCUUCUCGUGAUCUAUCGUUGGGGAAAUGACACAGGAAUUGACAUGAAAGGAAAAUAUCCGAAGUAUGCGAACUUGGUUGUGGAGGGUCUCAAGCGUGAUUCAGUCAAGGCUGCUAUCGAAGUAGAGGGAAUUAAGUUUGAGGUAUGAAGGUUUUGGGGAAGUUUGAUUCCCCAAGAUGUUUCUGUGUGGACUUCCUACCAAUCGAAGUGGACUAAAUGAAAGUUUUUGACUACUUUCCCUAUCUAACUAUUCCGAAGCUUUGAGCACCUAGGGUUAAAGCAAAGCCAGAAGUCUUCGGAACUGGCCAGAUAUGUUUCAUUGAUAUUUAAAUGCGCUCGAAAAUCUCUGCAGUACAAUUUAAUCACCCUCG